AUGUUGCAGGAAAGGAAAGGAGAAUCGGGAGCGAGGACAAAGAGGUAAAGGGGUCGUGGGGGGGGGGAGGAGAGGGGAGAAAAGGAUCCAGAGAACCCCUCCAGCUCUCCCGGCAGGGCCUGGAUCCCUGAAUAUGUACUGCGAAGGGGGCUUUCCUUGGCAAGGGUGGACAUGGGGCGCCCACCCACGGGGUCCCACGAGGACUCCCUGGCCCCGUUUCCCCCGCGCAGGCAUCCCUGGGGCCCUGUGCGCUCCGCGCGGGGAGAGGCAGACCAUGAAAGGGUUAAGGGGAGCGAGAGACGCCUAGAUAGAGACCCCCUGUCCCUGCCCAUCUCGUCUUGUGGGGCCCUCCGGAUGGAGAGAUGGGUCGCGCAUGGCGAGGGGUGAGCCGCGCCAAGGGGGCCUCUGGGUGCAGGGGAGACUCCGGGAGAGAGGGAGGGGGCCAAGGGUGGGGGGAGGAGGGAGGGGAGCAUCCCUGGGGAAGGAAGCGCAGCAUUGGCGGGGGGGGAGGAGGAGGAGACCAGUCAGUAGGGAGACGUCUCCAUCGUGCGCCCACGAGGAAUCUCCCGAGGCGCCGCCUUGGCGUCUCCCUCGGAAGUGGCUCUUUGUUUCCGCAAUCCCACCCAGGAAGCAGCCAGAAACCUUUUCCUCUCUCUCAGGCUUCCAUCUUUAAGUGUCUUUUCCACUGCCUGGUUCAUUGAGGCUGAGGAUAAUGUACACCUGUCAUCAGAAACAGGGGUGCAGAGUCCAUGGAAUGGCUCUCAGGAUUGAUAUAGAAGUCGGAAGCAUUUCUGUUCCUCUUAUUCUUUGAAGGCAGUGUCAGAGUGACUGACAAGCUGAGAUACAACCCAUCAGAAUCCGAUGAUAGUGAUUGCAUGAAUCUUCCCAGUCAAAGGACCCAUUUUCAUGAUAGACAGUGCCUGUGGCUGGAGACUCUACAUACAAGGUGUGCCUAUGCAGGCCAAAGACUGCCAGUAUUAGCACAGGUGAAUGAGAGUUUGUGGGUGGGAUUAUCGUUUACGACAACCCUGUGAUUUUCUCCACCCAUAACAUUUUGUGAUCUGAUUUCGCAGUAUGAAUUCCAAAAUAACUGCAAAAAAUCACAAUGUAAUAAGAAUGAUUGUAGUAUUUAUACAAUGUAGUCCAUCUGCAUAUGUAUACGUAGUCCAUCUGGUUGGGCUUCCCCAGCCACUCUGGGCAGCUUCCAGUACACAUAAAAGACAGUAAAACGUCAAACAUUAAAAACCUCCAGAUACAGGGCUGCCUUCUGCUAUCUUCUAAAUGUCAGGUAGUUGUGCAUUUCCUUGACCUCUGAAGGGAGGGCGUUCCACAGGGUGGGUGCCACCACCCAGAAGGCCCUCUGCCUGGUUCCCUGUACCCUCACUUCUCACAAUGAGGGAACCAGCAGAAGCCCCUCAGAGGAGGACCUCAGUGUUCAGACUGAAGGAUGGGGGUGGAGACGCUCCUUCAGGGCUACAGGGUCGAGGCUGUUUAGGGCUCUAGGUCACAAUUCUUGCUCCUCCAUAAUGAUCUCCAAGACCGACAUAUAGUUAGCAGAGUAGGAAAAAACACUCAGAGGCAGCAAAAAAUUCAUUCAGCAGAGAAAUUUAGUACUGAAGGCCAAAGCUAGCAAAAACUUAACUUACAGUAAAACCCUAACUUGGUAUAUCAAAACAGCACUCAAGUAAGAAACAGACAAGCAGAGUAGAGAAUUGCAGAUUAGGAAGUGGGACCAGGCGCCUUUCAAUACUGCGAUUUAUAAAAAAUUCCAUGUCAGAGUAACCUUGGGACUGGAUAACAAGCCUGGCUCACUCCAGUUUAAACCAGCUUCUUCUGGUUCCCAAAGACAAGAAGGUUCAGCAUAACCUCAUAAGAACUGAUCCCACCACCUGCUCUCAGCAGAAAGGAAACUCCCUUAUCAGCUAAAAUGUUCCAGCUAGAGAAAACACCACUUUGAAUCACACAGAGUAAAACCACCAGAACCUUCUUGAACCAAUAGACCAAGAAUGAUCUGUAUACAUUAGAUCAACACUUUUCUUUUUCUGAAAAAUGCAGCCAUGACACUUAAAGGUCAGCACCAACAGUGUGAAUUGUGCUUGGAAACACACUGGAAGCCAGAGAAGAUCCUUUAGGACCAAUGAAAUGUGGUCUUGGCGGCUGCUCCCAGUUACUAGUCCAGCUGCUGCAUUCUGGAUUAGUUGCAGUUUCAAAGGUAGCCCCAUAUAGAGCGCAUGGCAGUAGUCCAAGCAGGAAAGAACCAGAGAAUGCACCACUUUAGUGAGACAGUCUGCAGGCUGGUAGGGUCUGCCUGCCACCUGUCCCACAGGGACAGUGCUUCCGUCUUGUCAGGAUUCAACCUCAAUCUGUUAGCCACCAUCUAUCCUCAAACCACCUACAGGCACCAACACAGGGCAUUCACUGGUUCAUCUUCACUGGUUCCAAUUUAAAAGAGAAGAGCUGAGUAUCAUCCACAUGCGUGUGAACACCAGCCAAAACUCCCCCAGCGGCUUCAUAUAGAUAUUAAAAAGCAUGGGGAGAGGACGGAGCCCUGAGGCACCCCACAAGUGAGCACCCAGGGGCCUGAACACUCAUCCCCCAACACCACUUUCUGGACAUGGCCCAGGAGGAAGGAUGGGAACCACUGCACAGCAGUGCCCCCAGCUCCCCUAGAGGGUCCAGAAGGAUACCAUGGUCAAAGGUCUCCAAAGCAGAGAUCCAGCAGAACCAGGAAAGAGCUUUGCCCUUGGUCUCUAGCCUAUUGGAGAUCAUCAACCAGCGCAACCAGGGUAGUUUCUGUCGUAUGAUGAGGCCUGAAUCCCAAUUGGAAGGAUAAUGGUGGCAGAAGCUUUUCUGGUCCUGCACCCCCAAAAGCUCCAAGCACAAGACUUUCAUUAGCUUUGAAGGGGCCAUCGGAUACUUGGUGGCCUUUUCUUCAAAAGACAACUAUUCUGAAUACUUUUUAAUUGAUGUAUGAUAUAAACAGCACUUCUGUUUUACAUAUUCCACAUUGGAGAGAUUUUGAUACACAGGUCUGAGCUCAUCGCUCCCCCUGAAACUGCUGUGUUAGCAGUACAGCAAGUGUGGACAGUGUGUUUGGGGGUUCAGGGCUGCCUAGACAACAAGAGCCCCUUCUCAGCCUGGCUUAUAUGGUCCCAAGGAAAGCAGAGCAGUACGUUAGGCACCAGCUUGGCUGCAGGAGUGGCUGGAAGGAGGUGUGCAGGACACCAUCCAACCCUCUUAGAGACUUCUCUUCUCCUGAAGAAAACCAGGCAGCGAAGGUUUAGGACCACAGUUUUCCUUCUCGAGGACCUCGCUUCCCAGGUUGACAGUCACAUCUGCCCUUCACUUUCCUCUGCAGCAUGGGCAGAAUCUGCCUUCUUGACUGUGGGAUUCACUGUUGUUCUCCUCCUCUCCAUCCACCAGGGCCUGCCUUCACCUGCAGCAGAAUUCCCCAACCCACCAAGGAUUUGAGACCCAUCAGCUAUUCUCACCUGGUUUAGCCGGCCGGUUGAAACCGUUCCUGGGCUUGUGGCCCCUAUUCUAUCCUGACAGCUUCUGGAAGUCACAGGUGAGAACUGAGUGCAGGUUGGGGACCAUUGAUGGAUAGAAUACCCCAUAAGGAGCAUGACAUGACCCCCACCAAAGGAACUAAUGCUCUCCUAACACCCCAAGACAUCGUAUGAUUAUGAUAUUUGAGACAGAACCGGAAUAAAUUCAUCUCUAGAAAUAUCACAUCUUCAGGCCAUAAAUAAAUUAAUACUACUUAUUCAAGGUACUACAUAUUCCACUAAGUACAGUUUAUCUAUUUGCCUUGAAUAUCGCCUUUAAAGUGUCAUUUUAGGAUAGUUCUGUAUCAGAAGACGGGCACGAGAUCAGACAGCACAUUCUUUUAAAAAUCAUGCUGCUUUAUUAACAUUGAUUGAGGAUUAUGAAAGUUGCUAAUGAAUUACUAUCAUUUGAUGACAUUGCAACUUCAUUUCCUAAAAAUUGGGAACAUGGGUAGGAGGUGGGGGAAUGUAGGAGAAGGUGCUAAUGGAGCUUGAUGUGUUCUCUUUCCCUUAGUUCUCUUCCUUGAAACCCAAACAGGAUUUCCUUUCCUCCCACUCUGAAGAAGGUGAUGGAGAAGACAGUCAAAACUCCAGUGAAUGGGGCACCUUUCCUUUCAUUAGACAUUAA